AUGGCGGCGAUAAUCGCCUGCCGCAAGUCCUCGUCCGGCACGCAGUUAACCCGCGCGCAGCACAAGGGACACUUGGGCCCGGGCGUCCACGACACGACCUGCCCCCCUCUAGUGAUCCCGAAGCGAGCCGGGUUGAGAUGCGCCUUCGUACAAUGCACUGCCCACGCUUCGAGACACGGUGAGCAGAGCGCGUGCCGGCACGGCAGCACGCGGAUGAGGCGGUCGGGGGACGCGGCCAUAUCGCACAGACAGACAGGGCCUAGGGACGGUUCAGGUUAA